AUGGCGAUAAACGCGUUGUGUAAAAGUCUGAGAAAUUAUAAUUUUACUCGAAUUAUUUCAAAUAAUUUAAAUCCAAUCGGGUAUAAUAAUAAAAUUUCACAACCGGCAUGUAUUCUUCCGCGAGUGAUGCUUCUAACUGACAAUGAUAGUGUUAAUAUUAAUUAUAAUAAGUGCUACUGUAAUAUAAUAGGACUUGAAGAUCCGGUGAACCCCAAAAAAAAAAAAGUAUUUGUACCCAGGAUAACUUUGCUGUCGAAUAAAGAUGAGAUUUCUAUUGUCACCCUGGAGGCUGCUCAAAAACUCGCCAACAGGCAUAACAUGAAGCUUGUAAAAAUAAUUGACUUUGACACCAAGACUGAGAGACCUGUUUACAAGCUCAUGACAAUUCAGGAGUACCUCCAGUCAGAAGCGACAACAAAAGCUCAAGCCAAGGAAGCCAAAGAAAGGACUAUCAAGGAAGACAAAACAAUUGCCAUGUCCAGUAAAAUUUCGGAGCACGAUUUGUUCACUAAAAUUAAGAGUAUGAAUAAAAUGCUUGGGAAGAGACAUGGUGUUCAGGUGAUAAUUGCUGUUGACGGUAACAAGGAAAAGGCUAACACUGUAAGGGAUACAAUUAUUGAACACUGUAAAGACACCGCAAAAAUAUCCUCGAAAACAGAAACUGCUUCGAACCUCAAGGUAAUACUCCGACCAAUUUUAAAUAAAUUAAAUCAACAGUCUGAAGAAGAAUAUACCGAUAAAUUGGCUGACAAUAAAAUGGGUUGA